AUGUCGCGAUUUCUCACACCCGCCAAGAUUGGCUUGCUAGCACUCAUUGAACUCUACACCGAGGAAGCUGUUCCCAAUGAUUCCAUUGUCCCAGUCAUCAAGUUCAUCAUCUCUCACUUGCUUGGUCGCGACUUGGUCAGCACUUCCGUCUCAGCCCCCGCAGAUCCGUGGGGGAAAGCGGACAGCACAAUCAGGCUCGUCGUGUCCAUUCAGGACUUCGAGCAUGUCCUAGGGCCCCUCGCCGCCGCCGACCAUCUCCCAGGUCGUCGCCUGUGGGACAUGUUCUUGGAGAAACUCUGGGCUAUCGAUUCUCUGCACGCACUCCGGGUCUUCUUUGACCGCCUUCCACGUCUUUCGGCAAAGACCAGAGAUGAGCUCCGCCGCAUGGCCGAGCUCGGCGAGCAUCCCCCUUCCGGCCUCCUGCUCUCACGCCGUUCCCCCUUUGGCCGCUUCGUGCGGAAAUCACACUCCGAGUUUCCUCUCUUGAAGUUUGGCCCCGCGGCGGAGCUGUGGAAAGGGUUUGUCAAAUACCGCCACCCCACCGCCGGCUAUUGGAACCGGCGGAAUCCGCAUCACGGCCGGCUCAGUUUCGACUCGGUGCUUAUGACGGGCGAGCAUGGAUGGGGCCCGGGCGCAGACGCGCUUGCCGUAGUGGCAUACGGGGAUAUGCUGCGCUUGGAUGGCCAGGAUGACACCCUCUCGGUCAGCACCGAUGAUAUCGAAAGCCUUCUGGAGUUUCAGAUUGAGCUGAUACAGAAGUAUGGAAACAGGGCACCGCCAGAUAUCAGGGACCGACUUCUACGCCUGCUCAAGGACUGCCACCUCAUUCCGAGUCUGUCACACUAUCUCAACUUCUCGGACGCCUGGAGAUCAGGCGAAUACCCAACCUCCCUGGACCAUCUCCACCGGUAUUUCGACUACACCAUGCAGGGCCGGAAACGCCUCUUCUACCAGUAUGCCUUGAUGAACGUUGCCAUUGUUCAGACCGACUUUGGGUGUCACAAAGAAGCCGUGACGGCCAUGCUAGAGACGGUUUCCAUUGCGAGGGAGAACAGAGACAUGACAUGCCUCAACUUUGCGCUGAACUGGUUCUUCCACUUUGGCCGGGCUCACCCCGACCUCGUCAGAGAUCUAGAAAACAGCACCAUGCUCGGGAGUGGUAAAGAGACGUUGGCUUUUCUCCGCGUCAUGGCCAAGGAGACAGGCAUGUGGAUCUUGUGGGGCUCUGCGCUGCUGAACGAGGCCAAGCUCGGGUUGUCCGGCGGUGAGAGUGUGUCGGUCGCUCUAGAAUACAUGGUGCGCAGUUCACACAUGGUCGUGCGGCGCAACAUGAAGACCAUGAUGGGGGCCCAACUAUCCAUGGCCAUCGCGCUAUGGGACCGACUGGGCCUUUCGUACCUGUCCGGCCUGACAUGCGAGGUCUUCAUGCGCUGCCACGCCAACCGUUCUGUGUUUGACGACGAGCUGAGGGUCACUUGUCGUCUCGCGGGCCUCCUGGCUGGCCGGGGCAAGUACGAGGAGGCAUUCGAAAAACUGGAGGCCGUCAACAGCAACUCGCUCCGCGCAGUCGAGUCCAACCAGCACUGGCAUCUCUACCGCGGCAUUCUCAAGCUCAGCCGCGACCUCCACCGCAACAACAUCGAGGCCGCCGACUGCCUCCUCUCCCAGCUUCUCCAGAUGAGGACCGAUGAUAUCGAGGCCGACAUCGUCUUCGUCAUCGACUUGCUCCACGUCGAGUCUCUCACCCGCCGCGGCGACUACGAGCCCGCCUUUGUCAAAACUGACCGCCUCAUUGCCGAGAUGCGCCACGACAAAAGAGACAUUUCGUUGCGCAUCCGCCUGCUCCUCACCAAGGCCCAUUUGUUCGACCGCACGGGCCGGCCCGAAAGGGGCUUCACCAUUGCCAUGCGUGCGGCAAGCCUCGCCUGGCACGCACGGCUCGUAGCACUGCUCUGGCAAGCCAUGGGCGCCAUAGCUAACGUUCUCAACGCGCUGUCAGAGUUUGCCACCGCCGCUGAGCUGCUUGUCAUCGUGCUCCCGCGGUGCCUCGAGACCGACAUGGCAUACAUGACGGGCACGCUGUACAGCCUGCUCGCGGACGCACGGAUGGGUCAAGCGGGCGAGAAGGCGACGGCAGAAGGAAUGAGCCGCGGCGGUAGAGCUGCUGGAGCCCCCAUGAAAGCGACGGCGAGCGCGAGCGCGGCCCCGGCUGCUGCCCAGAAGAAGCCCUCUGAGUUUCUGGCGAAGGCCCAUGAGGCACUCGAUUUAGCCUUUGGCUACUUCUCGCUCGUCGAGGAUGUAGAGAUGCAGUGCCAGGUGCUGGCCAAGAAUGCAACACUGAUGAGGUCCAUGGGCGACCACGGGUUGUCGGAGGAAUAUGCGGCCAAAUACGUAGCAUUGAAGAGAAAGGCGGAUGCCAGGAACGGUUGA